AUGAGGAAUUGUCCAUAUGAAGCAGCAAGGGAGCUGGGUUUUAAGCUUCAGGGGGAAGGAAAUGCAGCAGAAGGUGGGGAAGAAGACGAUGAAGGCACACUAGAAGGCAUGCUACUUUCUGAACAUGCACAUGGCCUGGCACGAAACCAAGAGUUGCUGUGGCUAACUGAUAUUGUAAGCUGCCCACUUGCCCAAGGCAGGCCGGUGCAAGCAGCUGGUCAUAGCUGGGCAGCAGUGGUACAGGCACCUCCUGGGAGCAGCGGCUGGCCUCGCUUGUGCGUGUGCCUGGUUAACGUGAUGCUUGCUUUCCUUGGCGGUUUUUCGGUAGGUGGCAGUCUUACCUAUCAGUCGGUGCAAUGUCAGUGCUGCAGCGUCUUGGCAGAGAGGGGAUUACGGAGGGAGAGCAUUGCUAGUAAUGCUGGACUGUUAUUGAUGAGAGAUGGUGAACUGAGUUUGAGUAGAUCAAUGAUCAAUAGCUCUGAUAAGAUAAUUCGAAAGGGUGGCUCCUCAAUCUUCCAUCAUGCUGUAGAAGGUUGGAAAAUCAAUUCUUCUUUGGUACUGGAAAUAAGAAAGAACAUUCUUCGAUUCUUGGAUGCUGAAAGAGAUGUCUCAGUUGUCAGAAGCAGCUUCAAGCCGGGAGAUGUAAUCCAUUAUGUACUGGACAGACGUCGCACACUAAACAUUUCUCAGGAUUUGCACAGCCUUCUCCCUGAAGUUUCUCCAAUGAAGAAUCGCCGAUUUAAAACCUGUGCAGUUGUUGGGAAUUCUGGCAUCCUUCUGGACAGUGGAUGUGGAAAAGAGAUUGAUAGCCAUGACUUUGUAAUAAGGUGCAAUCUAGCUCCUGUGGUGGAGUUUGCUGCCGAUGUGGGAACUAAGUCUGAUUUUAUUACCAUGAACCCAUCAGUUGUACAAAGAGCAUUUGGAGGCUUUCGGAAUGAGAGUGACAGAGAAAAAUUUGUGCAUAGACUGUCCAUGCUGAAUGACAGUGUCCUUUGGAUCCCUGCUUUCAUGGUGAAAGGCGGAGAGAAGCAUGUGGAGUGGGUUAAUGCAUUAAUCCUUAAGAAUAAAUUGAAAGUGCGAACCGCCUAUCCAUCACUGAGACUUAUUCAUGCUGUCAGAGGCUAUUGGCUGACAAACAAGGUCCACAUUAAACGACCCAGCACUGGUCUCCUCAUGUAUACGCUUGCCACCAGAUUUUGUGAUGAAAUUCACCUGUAUGGAUUUUGGCCAUUCCCAAAGGAUUUACAUGGAAAACCAGUCAAGUAUCAUUAUUAUGAUGAUCUGAAGUAUCGGUACUUUUCUAAUGCCAGUCCUCAUAGGAUGCCAUUAGAGUUUAAAACAUUGUAUGUAUUACAUAACAGAGGAGCACUUAAAUUAACAACAGGGAAAUGUAUACAGCAAUAA